AUGCACUCGCGGUCCCGUGCCCGUGAGCUGAACUUGGCUCGCCGCAUCGGUCGCCACCGUGGCUUCGGUAAGCGCAAGGGUACCGCUGAGGCCCGUAUGCCCAGGUUCGUCGACACCAUUCCCAUCGAUCGCCAGGUCCUCUGGAUGCGCCGCCUCCGUGUCCUUCGCCGUCUUCUGGUGAAGUACCGUGCCUCCGGCAAGAUCGACAAGCACCUUUACCACGAGCUUUACCACUCCAGCAAGGGUAACGCCUUCAAGCACAAGCGUGCUCUCGUUGAGCACAUUCACCGUGCCAAGGCCGAGAAGGCCCGCGAGAAGGCUCUCAAGGACGAGAUGGACGCCAAGCGUGCGAAGACCAAGGCUGCCCGCGAGCGCAAGCAGGAGAGACAGACGGCGAAGAGAAACGCUCUGUUGGGCGAGGGCGAGGAGGAGGCCAAAUAG